GUUGAUGCUAGUGUUGCAAAUUUAAUAAACAUAUCGACAUUUGGCAAACUAUCUGGAGGCACAUCAUUAAUCAAACCUUACCAGCUGCGAUCAGGUUGCAACGAUCAAUACAUCGUGAUGGACUUUAAAAGAAAAUUAAAUGCAAAUGGUCUCUUUGGCGAUCCGAUGACGAAGCUGAACUUCAUGUCAGACCCUAGCGGUUCAGGCAGCAUCCGGAUCAAAGGUGAUGCUGUGAGAAAGUUUCUUUGCUUUAGUCGAAAUGGACGACUCAUCAAUCGAACAAACGGAGGCAGCUCACGGUGCAAGUUCUACGAAGAACCUCACCAAAACUAUAUCAAACUACAAUCAGUGGCAAACGCCAAGUGGUACGUAGGCUUUAAGAAAAGCGGGAAAAAGAUGAAGGGAUACGCUAGGAAAGACAGAUGGAUGAGGGAAAAGUGUUUUAUGUUCAUAAAAAGUGAGUUCAAUACCACACAUACGAGGCCGAAGACUGAACGCUUUUUAGAAGCCAAAGUUGAAAAGUUACAGAAAACGUACCACUUACAGGACAAAUACCGAGGCCGGCGAUGA